AUGGGUUUUGCGUCUCAAAGGAAGAUGGCGGCCGUGGUUUUCUCAGUCUGGUUGGUUUUGGCCGUUUUUUCGGCUUCUUGUUUCCAAGUGGCUGAAAUGAGGCCGCUCAAGGAAGACGGAGGUGAUGGUGAUAAUCACUUAUUAUUUCUGUUGCAGUCCCUGCAGCGGGGUGCCGUACGAGGGUCGGGUCCCAAUCCCUGCACCAACAUCCCCGGCCGGAACCGGGGAUCCUGCACCCGUGCUGUGACUGCGAUGAAUGUCGCCGGCGAUGUAUUCGGCCGCCGGUCUCUUACAACAGCAACAAGACAGUCGGGUCGUCGACAAUUUUCUCAGAGUUCAUCAUGA